AUGACCAACACAGCAGCGCUACCCCCGGUUGACGAGGACCACGCCCGCGACUGGGUAUUCGAGUACUCUGAGGCGAAGAGGAUGGCGCCUUAUCGCGCAAACGUGAUUCUCGAGAAGGCGUUGUGCGACAACCUCCCGGCGCCCCCAGACGAGGACGAAUGUUGUGGCUCGUCAUGCUGCCCGUGCGUCCGCGAUCUGUGGCGCGAGGAGGUGGCCGUCUGGAAGGCUGUGCGCGACGGCACGAGCGUCGACACACUUGCAGCGCGCAAGAACUUCAAGUCAUGA